AUGCAUUCUUCACUUCUUUCCCCUGCCCUGUGGUUGGGCUUGACUUCUUUGCUCAGCGUGACCUCCGCUCAACAGAGCCUUUCCUCCUCUAUCGGCGAUGUGGGCACUUCUACCGAGGCCACCUCGACCGAUGCAGCUGUUUUUGGUGCGGCGAUCUGGGCUGAUUGGCUUCGAUCGCCCGGGUCGCGGGCCAGCAGCAAAAACUGGAGUACCAGUUCAGGAUAUAGCCGCUCAACCUCUGUCUCGGGAUCGUCUACGGUCGUUGUCAGCGGUGUCAGCACUUUCUCGUCGACUACUUCUAACAGCGCAACCUCUGCCGCGAGCGAUUCCACGGUGACAACUGAAAGCAGCGCCACGUCUUCGGUCGAACAAACUAGUUCAAUCGACACCACCUCUUCCGCAAGCGAAACCACCACAGCUGGAACUGGCGCCACAUCUUCACCUGAUGGGCCAAUCGCGACGACGUCGUCCUUGUCCUCCGGCAGCUCCUAUACCACAUCUGCCUCGUCUUCAGAGACCACCACCACGGCCGAGUAUACUUCGUCUACCACAUCUGUAGAAGUGAGCCCCGUUUCAGAGUCGACCUCAAGCACGACAAACACAAUUGCUGGUUCCAUCUCCUCCACAUCAUCCGCGGAGCCGAGUUCGACUUUUGAGUGGUCUUCAAGCACGACAGACACCACGACUGGACUCAUCACCAUAACUUCCGCUGAGCCGGGCCCGAUCUCUGACUUUACUUCAAGCACAACAGAAGCAUCGACCGGGUCGAGUGUUGCUAGUUCCACAGGGUCUCCCUCACCUGCGUGCCCCUAUUAUCCGGGCCAGACACUUCCGAGUGAGACCGAGUCUUGCGCCAGAUACACUUACGUGUGCGGCCGCACCUACAGUGAUGACAGUUUCCGAGGCAAUCCACUUACCAGAGGCAACCCAGAGCUAUGUGCUCGUCGCUGCGACACUCUGAACCAGAACCAGGGCGCGGGCACCUGUCUCGGUAUUGUCUAUGACCCUAUUUCCACUGUUGACAAUUGCAGAGUCCUCCGCAGCACUCAAGGUCAGAUGGAUAACACACAAUAUGUGGCCCUGCUCAUAUCCCGUGAUCCAAAUUGUGGCAGAGUUGUCAACGAUACCUCCAGCACAACCUCAGAUGCUACGACUGUCUCCACUACCUCAAUGGAGUCUAUGACAACCGAAUCUUCAAGUUCGUCUGACACUGUGGCCCCUGUCACGACGUCCUCGAGCACAUACAGCGGCUUGCAAGACACAAAUGACACAUCGACGACCGCUUCGUCGAUGACGACAAGUUCGGACUUCAACACAUCCAGUCGCAGCCGGUCGCAUUCUUAUAGCCAUUACCGUGGCAGCCGUACCUGGAGUGCCUGGCCAUCUUGGUCCACCACAAGCGGCAAUGCGACGGUGGGCCCUACGUCGACCGUUGCAAACGUGACUACCACAGCCACUACCACGGAGACGACUAGUAUCAGCAACGGCACCUCCACUAGUAUAAUGUCUACUUCCUAUACUAGUGCAAUCACCAACACCUUCACGAGCAGUACCAUGGGCAGCAGCACUACCUUGAGCGCCAUGUUCAACAACAACACCACCAGCUAUAACCCCUCCUCGACGACUUCCUCCAACCUGACCUUCACCACCACGUCCAUGAACUCGUCGAGCACCGGCUUCGUGUCUCCAGUCACCACAAGCAGCUUUUACGCCAAUUCGACAUCCGCCUCUGCUUCCACCUCGAGCUUCAGCUCCGCACCUCAAACAGCUAACGCUACGACAAUAGCAACGACGACGACUAGCAGCAGCUGCCCAGCCACCGGAACCACCGUCUCAAUAACCGUGACCGGUUCGUGCAACAUAGCAAGUGUGACCUCUACCACCACUAUUGCCUCAACGAUCACAAACACUUCCACCCGGACAAGGACCACCAGGACGGUGACCACUACGACAAGCACAAGGACUAGAUAUACCACAACCACUGAGACCGACACCGUUACUGCCACCGUCACUGCGACUGAGUGGGCUGGCGGAUCACGAUGUGGACGCAUCCACUGGUGA